AUGGUGCGUCGCAGCGCCAUCGGGCUCAUGCUCCAGGGAACUCAGAUCGAGCACAAGAUGGACAAGGAUGACGUAAGAAGACAGGUAGAUGGAGUAGAAGUUACAGCUGAGACAAUACAUCCGCUACUCCUUGGUAACGACGAGCCUGGAUCCAAAGUUUUGCUGAGAUUGAGGAAGAUGGCCACGGACGAGACAAUAGAAGUAGUAGUGCAGAGAUUUGAGAUUGCAAAACAUGAGGAACAAAAAAAGGCAAUUGAGUGCUGGAACAAUUUGGAAGAGUCAAACCAAUCCAAGAUUUCUACGCUUGAUCGCUUGGUCCAAUCGCAUCAAGAACAAGCUCGUGAAUAUGUUCUCCAGUCCAUGAGCUGCUUGCGCGAUGUGAUCUCAAUCGGGGAAGAAAAAGAAGACGAAUACACAAGCUUGAUCCAACAGCUUGAAAUUACAUGCACAAAAAAGGAUCAAGAAACUCAAAGGAUUGAGAAGGCAGUUGCAGAUUUGAAUAGUCAAUUGCUUACUUUGCGAGAUGAACUUAUCUCGCAAACAACACAGCGCGACAAAACAAGAGCUGAAUAUCUCAAAGCAAAAGACCGAUUGAGCUAUGAAAAGGAGAAGCGAGCAUUAGCAGAGGACAAGUACAGGGAGACAAAUCAUCAGCUGAGGAGUGAGAAGGAGGUCCAAAGAAUUCUUCUCCAUUCGUUUGAUACAUUCUACUCGAUUUUUGAGAAUCAGGCUCAAGAAAUCAAUCUCCUUCUGGUUUCUUGCCAGUCUCUCAUCCAAGAAUACAAGGCUUCUAAGGAUAUCCCGUUCAAUCCACCGCCUCUCAACCAAGUCAUGCAAGGGUUUGCUUUAGACACGAGCAAGUUGAAUAUGACAGGAUUGAAUGAUCUCUUGAAGAAUUUUAGUCAAACCACUUUAAGUCUUACGCCUCAAAAGAUGGACAACAAGGCCAAGUUUGUUCCUGUCAAGGCCAAUAGCAUCAAGUUACAACAAUAUGAUCCCAAAGAAGCAGUGUUUGGAAAAAAGAAGAUAGUCUUGGAAGCAGUUGUGGCAGAUCAAACCAGCAAAAACAGAGUCCCUGAGUUACUUGGUCUCAGUUUGGAGAUGUUGUGCUCGAAGUGA